GGGGUGCCCGGGAGGGAGCUGCCCGGAGCGCGUAGGGCGCACGGACCGGGCACCCCUGGCCCAGCGGCGGCAGCACAGGCUCCCCCGCCCCCCGUCCCUCCCCCCGCGCCGCAGCUCCCUGCCGGGCCGGGCUGCCGGGGGCUCAGUGCAGCGCCGCCAGCUCCUCAUGCUGCUGCCAGCGGCAGGGACCAGCCUCUCCGCAGCCGGCUCCGUGCGCCCCGGGACGGCACCAUGAAUAGCCUCCCCGCCGACAAGGAGAGCGGCCCGGCCGAGCCCAGCCUGCCCGAGGAGGAGGUCCGGACUCUCUUUGUGAGCGGUCUUCCCCUGGACAUCAAACCGCGGGAGCUCUACCUGCUCUUCAGACCCUUCAAGGGAAUUCGCUUUGACCCCGAAAUUCCACAAACGCUACGACUAGAAUUCGCCAAGGCAAACACCAAGAUGGCCAAGAGCAAGCUAGUGGGAACCCCGAACCCGAGCACUCCUCUCCCCAGCACUGUACCUCAGUUCAUUACCAGGGAGCAAUAUGAGCUCACAGUGCCUGCACUUUAUCCCAGUAGCCCUGAAGUGUGGGCGCCGUACCCUCUGUACCCAGCGGAGUUAGCACCUGCUCUACCUCCUCCUGCUUUCACCUAUCCCGCUUCACUGCAUGCCCAGAUGCGCUGGCUCCCUCCCUCAGAGGCUGCUUCUCAGGGCUGGAAGUCCCGUCAGUUCUGCUGAAUACUGUGUAUCAGGUGUGUGAUGGUGGCUACAAUCAGUCUUGUGGGUAUUAAUGGAGCCUUUGAAGGUGGCUACUGGUUUCUCAUGCCCUCCUGCAAAACUACAGUGUGCUGGCUUGAAAAACCUCACACAAGUUUUGAUUCCUUCAAGACUUUGCCACAGCCUCUAUCACACAUCUGCUCUCGUAGAAG